AUGCGUACUUUGCUGAUAUGUAUGCUGUGUGUUAUCACAGUUUAUGCUCAAUAUGACGGGCCAGCACCACCAAGACUACAAAUACCGGGAGCAAUUCCAGUAGGCAACCCCAGGCAAAGCGGUUUCCGACAAGGGAGGUACCAAGCACCAGUGCUCUCAGGAGGACCAACUAGGAUUAGAAGGCCCGGACAGGCCAGACCAUCAUUUAAAUCAGUAGAUGACUCCCCACGACCAAACCUCCAAUUACUCGAUGAAACAUCUAAACCAGUGACUGAAGAAUCGGAAGAUGACUUUGAUAUCAAUACUCCGACUCCUUUCUCCCCGAACAUAUUCUCUACGCCCGAGCCGCAAAACGAUUAUUACGAUAUUACUACUACUUCACAACCGAAACCUCCAAGUGCUUUCAACCCCUCCCCAUACCCAUCAUCAACACCAUCGGCCUCUAAACAGGACCCCAUAAAACCAACUCAGUACAGACCCCUGCUGCCACCGCAGUCUUUUGCUCCUAUAAGAAACGAACCUCUUAAUAAACCCCAACCAGCAAGACUUCAGCCACUUUCUAGCAGGCCCCAAAGGCCUGUUUUCAGGCCAGAACCGAAACCAUUUAUUGAAGAUGACGAAGCACCAAUUAGACAGUAUUCUCGACCACAAGAGCCUAUUAACCGUGCACCUGUUAGGACAGCCCCUCAGCAAAAAUACACGCCAUCACAAAAUCGCGAAAAGAAACCGGUCGCUCAGAUUAUUCGUAAAUACAGGGAAGAAAAUGAAGAUGGUGGCAUUACUUGGGGCUUCGAAAACGAUGACGGAUCUUUUAAAGAAGAAACUAUUGGCAUAAAUUGUGUCACACGAGGCAGGUAUGGAUAUGUCGACCCUGAUGGUCUUAAACGUGAAUACAACUAUGAAACCGGUAUUCCUUGCGAUAAAACAAAGGAAGAUCAAAGUGAAAAAGGUUUCAUAGACUAUCAAGAAAAUAAGGCGGUUCUACCUAAUGGUAUUACAGUUGAUCUCAAUGCUAUGGGAAAAAAAUCUAAGAGGCCAUUCAGAUCACCCACAAAUUAUUAG